GACUCAAGCCUCAGAGCUGUGACAUACUGCCGAAAGGUUGUAGGGCAAGAGGGUGUCUCCCCCAAACUGCCGGACCCUCCUUCAGCCUCUACAUGGACUAUAAUAGGAUGAAUUCCUUUUUAGAGUACCCACUUUGUAAUCGGGGACCGAGCGCCUACAGCGCCCCAACCUCCUUUCCCCCCAGCUCAGCUCCAGCCGUUGACAGCUACGCGGGGGAGAGCCGGUAUGGUGGGGGGCUGUCCAGCCCAGCGCUCCAACAAAACUCGGGGUAUCCUGUCCAGCAGCCACCUUCAUCCCUGGGGGUGUCCUUUUCCAGCUCCGCUCCCUCGGGGUACGCCCCAGCGGCCUGCCACCCCAGCUAUGGGCCUUCUCAGUACUAUUCUGUGGGUCAGACGGAAGGAGAUGGAGGCUAUUUUCAUCCAUCGAGCUACGGAGCCCAGCUAGGGAGUUUGCCCGACAGCUACGGAGCGGGUGGAGUCGGCCCAGGGCCAUAUCCUCCGCUGCCGCCGCCGCCGCCGCAGCCCCCUUACGGAACUGAGCAGACCGCAAACUUUGCACCAGCCUACGAUCUCCUCUCUGAGGACAAGGAAUCAUCCUGUUCUUCAGAACCCAGCACUCUCACUCCCCGGACCUUUGACUGGAUGAAGGUCAAGAGAAACCCACCUAAGACAGCGAAGGUGUCCGAGCUGGGACUGGGCGCUCCCGGUGGCCUCCGCACAAACUUCACCACGCGCCAGUUGACCGAGCUGGAGAAGGAAUUUCAUUUCAACAAAUACCUGAGCCGUGCGCGGAGGGUGGAGAUCGCCGCCACCCUGGAGCUCAAUGAAACACAGGUGAAAAUAUGGUUCCAGAACCGGCGCAUGAAGCAGAAGAAAAGAGAACGAGAGGGAGGCAGGGUGCCUACAGCCCCUUCGGGUUGCCCCAAGGAAGCGCCUGGAGAUGCCUCCGACCAGUCCACGUGCACCUCCCCCGAAGCCUCGCCCAGCUCCAUCACCUCUUGAACUACCCGGCUUUCAGCGCUGGACCCAGUCCUCUCGUAGACUCUCCCAAACUUCACAGCCCUGGUUAUCCUCCUCAAGGCCGCGCAACCAGUUUAGAGCUGCCUAGGAAACUGGGCAGGAGUGGGGAAACUAAUUUUUCUCAGAUCUGGGGGUGGAGGGACGGCUGAUAGCUGGGGGAUCCUACAGGUCUCGGGAUUUCGGGAGUACCCAGCCAUCAGAGGUGGAGAAAAGGCCUUUUGCCUUUGAUCUGGAGGUUGGCUCAAUGUCAACACUCUAGUGGGGGUAGGAGCCAGCUCACCCUGGAUUCUCCUUUCCCUUCCGACUGUGCCUUUGAGCUUGGAGAAUUCUCUUUGAGCAUUCUUGCCCCCAACUCUGCUUUCUAGGCCUGGGAUAGAAAGAAUCCUCAGGAUUUUCCUGUGGGGGAUGUGUUGGAGUGCAGGCACAUUACCAUCCAUCUUUAAUCUUAAUCCUUAAUCCAGCCAACUCACCGCAGACCUUAUAAUAGCGCCGACUACCUUGUGACAUACCAAAAACAAACAAACAAACAAACAAAACAAAAAAAACCCCAACCAACCAACCAAAACCAACUAAACCAACAAAAAACACCCUGUCCCAAGCAAUCCCACAAACUCUUUGCUGGCACACUCUAUUGCACUAAUGCAGCCUUCCGAGGCUGUUUUGUGAAACCCACCCCUUCCCACCGGCUACGCCAUCACUAAAUCACCAAAGCGUUUUGGAAGUUGGUACUAUUUCUGGAGCAUCAUUGCAAGGACCGCCUCAAGUAAUCCUCAACCAAGAAGGGGUGGGCACUACCCCCUCCUCACCUCCUCUCCCCCUAUUUAUUGCCUCUGGAAACCCCCCACCCCAUUCUCUUUUCCACAAGCCGCCCUACCCCUGGGGCAGUCUGGACAGGUCCAGGAAUAGCGACUGAGUUCCCAGCAGAUUCCUGCAUUUCUCUGAACUUUGAAGACAGCAGAGAGGCCAUUUGAGUUUCUGGAAAACUAUGUCCCA